AUGCAGCCGGGGCUGGGGCCGGGGCUGCUGCUGCUGCUGGUGGCGCUGCCGGGCGGGGGUCCGCGGGGGUCGGCUGCGCUGGAGCCCAUCAGCGUGGGCAUCGCCAUCGGGGCGGCCUCGGCGCUCACCGGCUACCUCUCCUACCCGGGCUUCUACUGCGGCUUCGUGGAGUGCUGCCCCGGCGAGCGGGACCGGCCCAACGGAACGGCGCUCAGGCUCAGUCUGGAUGCCAAACUCUUCGGGCAGCACCUGGCCAAAGAGGUGAUCCUGAAAGCCCUGACCGGCUUCGCCAACAACCCCAACCCGAAGAAGCCGCUGACCCUCUCUCUGCACGGCUGGGCCGGCACCGGCAAGAACUUCGUCAGCCAGAUCAUCGCCGAGAACCUCCACAAAGCUGGCCUGAAGAGUAAAUUUGUGCACCUUUUCCUCUCCACUCUGCAUUUCCCACACGAUCAUGAGGUUAAGCUGUACAAGGACCAAUUGCAGAACUGGAUCCGGGGUAACGUGACCGCUUGUGCAAAGUCCGUGUUCAUAUUUGAUGAAAUGGAUAAGCUUCACCCGGGGCUGAUCGACGCCAUCAAGCCGUUCCUCGACUACUACGAGCAGAUUGAUGGGGUAUCUUAUCGAAGAGCCAUCUUUAUUUUCCUCAGCAACGCGGGGGGCGACCUCAUCACCAAAGUGGCCUUGGACUUCUGGAGGAGCGGGCAGGCCAGGAAAGAUAUCCAGCUGAAAGACUUGGAGCCUGUGCUGUCUGUGGGCGUUUUCAACAACAAGAACAGUGGCCUGUGGCACAGCAGCCUGAUCGACCGAAACCUCAUAGACUACUUCGUCCCCUUCCUCCCCCUGGAGUACAAGCACGUGAAAAUGUGCAUCCGGGCAGAGAUGCAGUCCCGUGGCAACCAAAUAGAUGAGACCGUCGUCCAGAAGGUGGCGGACGAGAUGACCUUCUUCCCAAAAGAGGAGCGGAUCUACUCUGUCAAAGGCUGCAAGACAGUUCAGACCAAGUUGGACUUCUAUUGAGAUACAUAUAUAUAUUUUUAACAACACUAAACUGGGAAGAGGAGGACGAUAAACAUUUUGGCCUUCCUGCCACCUCUGCUUUUUUGAUGCACUUUUUUGGGGGGGGGGGCAGGGGGCAGGAAACAUAUCUGUGGGUCUGCACUUUUAAAUGCUUUGUGGCAUGAGAUGUGUUUUCAGGGAGCUGCCGGGUUUUUGUGGUCCAGCCCGGGUCUCUUCCUUUCUGACUGCGCUGCGAUCGGAGGGUUGCCUUCUUAGAUUUCAGAGGCACCUUUAGAAGCAGGAAGCGCCACAAAGCAGUGAUGCGUGGAGUUCUGUUAGGUGACAGCUGAAAUGCUGCCUCGUCUCCGUAUCCCUCUUGGCUGCAAAGCUAAAGGAGAACGUUACAGAAUUCUGUUAUGUGUUGUCUGUUACACCCAACCACCCCCCCCCUUUAAUCUCAAUUUGGCUUAUCGAAAUCAUUGGGAAGUUGAGUGCCUUCAGCUUGCUGGUAAUCGUAUAGAUUGCUCAAGAUGUUGAUGGCUUGAAGGAUACUGUAGAGGUCUCUGACUCUUUGCAAUUGGCUUGCGACCAGGGCUUUUUUUGUCGCAGGAACUCUUGCAUACUAGGCCACACGCCCCUGAUAUAGCCAACCCUCCUGGAGCUUACAGUAGACCCUGUACUAAGAGCCCUUUAAGCUCUUGGAGGAUUGGCUACACCAGGGGUGUGCGGUCUAGCAUGCAAGGGAGUUCCUGCUACAAAAAAGGCCCUGCUUGUGACUAAUGGGUGGCCAGCUCCCUGUGACUGGAAGAGCCGUUUCUCUGUCCAUAGGACUCUAAGCGAAGCCACCUUUGACCAUAAGAAAGUGACAGAGCUCUGGGGAAACUGGUAGCGAAUGGCAAAAGUCCUCCUUCUGCCCCCUUUGAUUGGGAGUAAGGACAAGCUUUCUCCUCCUUAGAGCAAACCUCCUCUCCUUUUGGGGCCCAAGAAAGUCUUUGUGUGGUUGCCCAUGGCAUUCUAUGCCCGUCAUUUGGUUUUGUGCUUUUUUCAGCACCGCAAGAAUGAGGAUUUCAUUCCCAGUGUCGCUGUUACUGCUUAACCGCAUCUUUGGCCUGCGUGCAACCCCACAGUUAAGAAAACCUAAGUGCCCUUAUGUUGUCUUAUGAGAAGGUGGUGAUUUCUGCUGUUUCCAUCCUAUCCUUCCAGCCCCAUUCCAGCCCAGGGGGAGCAUGGACCCUCAGGAACAGCACAGGGGCAAAGAGCAUGCCCUUUUUAGGAACACCUGCAUUUCUUUACCUUUUCUGGUUGGACCCAAGGACAGUGCUUGGAACUGUUCCAUCUGAGACGAGGAGCUCCUAACCUCAGGUACGGCACCCAACCCAUGCAACAUAGUCCUGCGUGCCUUUUUUAUGGAAUUAAUUUUAAGUAGCGCAUUUUUUUUAAACCUCAAUCCCCAUAAUGAAGUCAUUAGGGAUUUUGUAGUAUAUUUUUAAGAAGUAAGUCAGAAGGAAAUGGAAAAGCUUGCUCAGGAGCGACCAUUUCAUCUCUAUUCUUAAAGCCGCUUGGAAAAGCAUUAUUUUUUUAGAUGUCACCAGCAAAUAUCUGCCUAGUGGUGGGAACAGGGAGGAUGACCAGAGUGGCGCUGAAAGACUCACUGAUGGCCUGGUUCCUUAGAAGGCCUAUUUCACACAUGAAGGAGAAGGAGGUGGUAGAACCUGAAAGGGCAACUUCAGGUUGUGGGUGGGGAAGGGGGGAGUAGAGACACCUUUUGGCCUGAUCCCCCUCUAUUUAAGAACUUCAUGCAGCUUUCAAAUCGGCACAGCAAACAAAAGAGAAAUGACAUAGCCUUUCUGACCGGCGUGCUAGUUUUUCGGUGAUUAAAUGUGAAGGAAUACCUCCAAGCUGGGAUCUGCCGUCUGGUUUGGUCCGUUCUGCACAUCUUGAGCAUCUCUCACCACAUUCUCCCGCAUGUGUAGAUCAUGCCUCAGUCUUCUUAAACGUCAGAUUGAAUUUUACAGCCAUGAUGGAGGCAGGAUAAGUGCUUCUUGCAAAACCGUGUCCUUUGUCCAGUUUAUAAAUGUGAAGCACAUCUGUCCAGACUGGUUAUUCUCUGCAGCAGCAGCAGCAUUCCUGUCUCCCCAGCCCUCCAUAAGAAUUUAGACAGCUGCAGCUGGGCGGUGAAGGACUAAUGCAUCUGGGCCUUGUAUCUCUGAAGUUGUUGCAAGGACUUGGUAGGGGCUGCUGCUGCAGUUCCCACAUCCUUGUCUGGCUCAGUACCGGUGUAUCUGCAAACUGGCCGAGAAAGGCGCAAAAUAAGAUGCUGCACAAAAGGCCAGGAAGUGCCUUGACUGAAGUUUGUAACGUGAUCCCCCCUCCACCCCACCAUGGGGGGGUUGCUAGCAGAAGUUCAGCAUCCCUCAAAAUUCUGUGGCUGCUUACCCUUCAGAAUGCACAAGCGCAUGACAGUGGGAACGCAGAAAAGGGGCCUUUGCCUUUUCACAGUCGGGAGCAGAAUGUAAGAAAUGCUCCAGAGAAUAACCAUCAACCUCUCAGUGGUGCAGGUUGCUCGCACUGAGGCAAGGAGUUUGUGAGUGUGUGUGAAAUAAUAUUUUACCCAAAGAGUCUGUUGGAGUGCCAUGUUUGCAGUGGAGCUGAAAAAUGCUUUGGAAUUACUUUAUUUUUUAAGAUGCAUUUUAAAUACUCUAUAUUGUGUUGCCUAAGGUCUUCAGUCUGUUAUGCAUGAAUCUGUCAGCUGACCUUGGCUGCACCAUAAAUCCUUAAGAGCUGCUAAUGCUGAGGCAUUGAAUCUUGGCAGUUGCUUUCCACUUCUCUAAGCCCACCCCCCACCCCAUCCUCAUUGUGGUCCAAAAUUGUACAGUAGCAAUUCUGAUGCUCUCACUUGGAGGAACUGCAAUUAUUUCUGGUGAGCAGCUGCAAUAAAAAAAUUUAAUUCACA